AUACUAGUCCUCAAAUUAACGACCAACCGUCCUUUGCGAUAGAAAAGAAAGUGGAAAUGGUGGGUUGAAAAUAUUUGCCUAUACCUUACCUGUUUGAUCAUAUAUUUUGACAUAGUCUUCGUGCAUGCAAUUGUAUUUCAAGCUUAUCGCAAUAUAUUAGCACAAUAUUAAUUUGUCACAAUUAUGAGGACGAAUUAGGAUAAGGCGUAUGGAGAUUAAUAUUAAUAAUUUAUUAGCGAUUCCAAAUUGAAUUGGCUCUUCUAUUUGUAUAGUACUACAUUUACAAUGAGUAGCUAUGAGGAGUUAAUAAAUAUAUACAGUACAUUCGCACAGUCUCAGUACAUGUUUCACAAAACAGAUGUAACAAAACAUAGUCAUUUAUACCCCGGCCCAAGCCUCUCGUGGGCCAAGUCUGUGAGAUAGACUUUCACACUUGUUCUAAAAAUGUUGAAAUCUUUGCAUUUUCGCAAACAAUCUGGCAGAGAGUUCAAUGCAGCUGCAACACUGUCCUGAAAUGUUCUGCUUUUGUUGGCACUUCAAGUUGGAUCUGUGAUGAUGAUCGUAGAGUUCGUCAUGUUACAUACCGAUCUACCUUAAUGUAUUCAGGCCAAUUAUUAAAUUGCAAUGCUUUGAUUGCAGAUAGAAGCACUUGAAACUGUCUUCGCUCAGUUACUGAGAGCUGUUUCUCUCUUCUCAGUUACUGGGAGCUGCUUCUCUUGCGUAACGUCCUAACACGAAACUUGCACAUACAUUUUGGACUUUCUGUAGUUGCUUCUGUUGGUAUAGUUGUAGUGGGUGAAACACAACACCCGAAUAUAAUCCAAUUUCGAUAGGAUUAGGCUUUCUCCUAGCUCUUUCCGAACGUGGAAUGGCGCUAAGUUGCGUAACUUCCUCAGCACAGACAAAACUCCAUAACGAUAAAGAUUAUGGGUUUUCCCCGUUAAAUUGUCUUUGAUGUUCACAAAUUUUUAUGCGAUUUACUGCAAAUGUAGGUUGAAAUUGUAUCAAUUUGUCGUACGACCUAGAUCUACCGAACAUACCCAACGAAAAUCGUUCUUCCUGCCGCUAAAACUCUUGAUCCCUGGUCGCACUAAAUAAGUCCCAUCAAUGAUCCCAAAGCUAGGAAUGGAUAGAGAAUCUGCUAGGCAUUAAUGAAGCCAUUGAUAUGACCACCAUAAAUCUACAGUGGUGUUGUUGACAUGUUAGAAGGGGUUCUUAGAGUUUCUGAGAAAUUGGUUAUUAGUGACCUCUCUUCCUUCUGAAUUUGACCAGUGAAUAAUUAAUGAAAUCACAGCAGCCUCAAGUCUCAUUAGGGAGUUUACGCAUGUAAGACGGCGGCUAAAUAAACUGUUUGAGAGAAAUGAUUCUAUGGGAAUAUUGUUUUGUAUUUGCUUUCGUAAUACAGUUUGGAACGAGUAAAACAAGAUCUGUAACCUUCACAGCAAUGUUGAUCAACUCUGCUAGAAAAAUCGCUUGUCACGUCUUGAAGUGAUAGCGUACUUUACGUGACGUGAAGACAUGCAUUUUGACGUCGUCAUCAGAGCUUGGUCGAUGUCUGAAACUCCUGCUAUACUUUUAAUUAUUCAUUUCUUUUGAGCUACAGGGAACUUAUAUUCCAUCUCUUCUAUCACUAUGGUUAAAUCACAUGUCAUGUGCUUCCAGUUUUUCAUAGCACCGUAUAAUUUUUCAUCUUUUUUGUCCGACUUUGGUAGGGUGAAAUGGCGCACAUGUUUUUUGGAAAAAGUAAGUUGAUCUGUAAAGUAUAUGCCGACCGUCCGCUUAAUAAAAGAAAAAUUAAGUUACAAUGUAGGAAUUAGAGGAAAAGAGAAAUUUAUAUCGUAGUACUAUAUUUAUUAGAAUAGAUCUGAUAAGCAUUGUAGGCUAUAGUAGCCUAACUACUGGGAGAAGUACCAAACACAUACUACGCAGCUUUUCGAAGCGGUGAAUUUUAUUUGCUCCAUGUCAUAACAAUUAAUUGCAUUUGUGUUCAGAACGAUUUUUUCGCUUUUGAAAACCUCCUCCCAAUUGGAGGAGGUUUUGUGAGCAGCUAGAUACCGACUCGGAGUGAAUUGUGAUAUUUGAGAAACGCGCGUGCAAAAACGUCUUGUGUAAAUGAGGUUAUAGUUCAGUUUUACGAUUGUCUACUAUGAACAGUUCGCGUUUUUUACACCAUGCGCACAGGCUUUGUCGUCUAUUUUCGCCGUGCGAAGUAUAUAAAACCUAAUUUUGUGGAGGAAGUGGGUAUUUUGGGGGAAAUUUAGCGUUCUAACGCUAACUCUGAGUUAAAAUUUUACUUGCGGGUUCGGUUGGUGUAUUUCUGCGUGUCUGUUUAUUUCAAAACUUCAGAAAAUAAAAGUCUUGUUGACCUAGACAAGAUGUACAAGACCUGAUCAUAUUUAGUUAUCGUCCAAUAAACCUGACCAAACAUCGAUUUUUUCCUUCCAGUUGGCAUUCGUCUUUUCUAUCUCUGCAUUGCCGUGUAUCUCUACGGUGAUCUUGCUAUAUAUGCCACAGCCGUUCCAAAGUCAAUGCGAAACGUCGUUUGGUAAGUCAUAAAUUAAUUGUUUGUAGUUGUUUACUAUUUAAUCAAGAAGUGUUUUAUACGGUAAAGUCUCCAAAAGGCGUAUGUCAAAAUGUUUCCCAUAGUGAAAUAACGGUCAAAAUUGUCUGGAAAAUUCAAUAUGCUUGUCGUAUGCUCAAGCUCAGUCUUCUCAGUCUUGAAGCACUGCGCCGGAAAUGCAGGGCCGCAGGCUCGAUUCCUGCCAGAGGGCGUAUAGUCGCAUUUUUCGCAACUGCUCCCUGACCAUAGAUAUCUUAUAUACACUAGAUAUGUCAUCUCUUUUAGUAAAAUAGAAGCCAAGAAUAUUCCAGCGGUUACCCCCAUUUGAAUACACGGCAAAAAACGCCGAGCACGUUGCUCAACAGGACUGAACAAUGUUUUGCUGCCCACGUUGUUCACACUUGUCAACAAUAGUGAACAAUGUUGUUGAGCCUGAAUCGGGUGUAACAAUAUUGUUCAAUAAUGUUGACAGCUAUGAACAAUGUGGGCAGCAAAACAUUGUUCAAUCCUGUUUUCAUCAGUAUUGCAUCAACCUGAGCGUUUUUUGCCGUGUAGAUGGCGACCAUGUUGGUAGUUCCCACUCGCUAAUAAACGCUUAAAAAACAACAAUAACUUUCAUCAUUUGAAUAGUUUGAAAAUGUAUUUGGAAUAGGUUUAACUUAAUGUUUAAGUUCCCUGUUUAAGAAAUAGAAAACAUACGAGUCUUAUUUUGCAGAAUAAUUGCAGAAUAAUUAGAUGCACUAUCUAGUGUAUAUAAGAUAUCUAUGUCCCUGACACACGGUCGAAAUUUCCAUCUACAAAACGCUUCUGCAAUCAAUCUGUUUUUAGUCCCCGAGGUAACGCGCGGUUCCAGGCGUAAGCUCGGGGCGAGGGUACUAAUUCUGCAAGGCCAUUUUAUACACCUGGGGAAAGGAAAUUAAGCAUUAGCGAAGGUUAAAGUCGUGUCCUUUUCAAUGUAGCCGUAAUAUUACCCUGUUUAGUUUAAGAAAAAACUUAAAUAAUUACUGAAAUCAAUCGAUAAUUUGAACUUAUUUUGUUUUAUAAGUUCAGAAUAGUUUAUCCGCAAAAGCUGUUCACGGCUGAGUCGAAUGGAUAUUUCAAAACGCUUUAGUAGGUGGGGUAGAUGGUGUGUGCUAAUCAUCCUCACUUACAGCUGAAAGCUAAGCUGAAUAGACCUUUCCCCUUUUAAGUGAAAUUUUGAUCUAGACAAGUCUGGACAAAAAUUAGUAAUAUUCCGAAGUUUCGUUGCAAAAUGUUGUAAAAUGCGGAUAAUAUAGCCUUGCGAAGUUUGCCGUUUUUUCAGUCAUUUUGCAUUACGCACGGGAAAUUGAUAAUCAGAUGAUCAAACUGAUUAUCAAUUUCCCAUUUGUAAUCAAAAUGACUGAAAAACGGCAAAUUUCGCAAGGCUUAUUUUACAACAUUUCGCAACGAAACUUCGGAAUAUUACUACUUUGUGAUGCUCUUUCAAGCUGUCAUGAAAUUUUUGUCCAGACUUGUCUAGAUCAAAAUUUCACUUAAAAGGGGAAAGGUCUACUGCGAAGGACGAAGCUCUACCUCAUCCAGUCGAGCUUACUAAGGGCACCUCUGCCUGCAGCCAGCUUAUGACUCUGUCUGAUCAUGGAGCGCAGCUACGGUGGAAAGGUCAGGUAGGGGGCUAAUCUCAACCCACUCUGUCAACAUUUUCUGUGGAAGGAAACCGGAGUAGCUGGAGAAAAGCCACGGCGACGGUACAGCGUUGACUAACUCACAUAAGUGUCAUUGUCACUCCUGCCUAUAAAAUACAAAACACAAAACUAUAAAAUACAAAACUCUGAUUGGAGUUUCACUUGUUUUGUAUUUUGUUAAAAUACUCAGUGGUUCUAAAAACUCCUGCCUAUGAUAAUUACUGUCGACGCUACAAUUCCUCUUUAUUUAGUUUGUGGCAACCAGUGGUUCCCAAUUAGUUCCCAGUUUGUCAUGAAUCACAAAAAAUCGUAUUUUAUAGUGAAAGUUCAGAUGGCGGUGGCAACUAUAGUUCUAACAACAGUUCUACACAAACUAAUUCUACUUCGGACCAUGGAGACAAAUGCUAUGGAUUGGAACGUGAUGCAGUUUAUCGCAUAUUAGUGGUACGUGUAGAAUAUGCGUGUUGGAGCUGCAAUCAGUUUCAAAUAUCUUGGGAUAGAUGCCACAAAAACCUUGAAUGGCACACAAUGCCAUUUUCGUCAGAUUUGAUGCGUUUUGGCAUUUGAAUUGAGAAAAAACAUUGAUUGCAUAAAUUAUUGUGUGUAACAAACUGUAAAAGAUCGUUUUACGCCUAAAACUGCAUUCUGGCCUCUGUUAUGUACUAACUUGCAACGCUUUUUUUAUUGUUGUGGAAGUUGUAUUCAUAAAUAUCUAUAUAUUUUUUCGUUUAUAGGCCAUAUUUGCUGUAUUAGUUUGUCCAUUUGCAUUCACAAAUGUCCAGAAAACCAAGUAUGUACAGUACCUGACUACGUUUCUCCGUUGGCUAUGUAAGUACACACUAUGUAGUGGUCGCGUUAUGCAUUGCUGUGAACUCAGGUUAAAAUCAUUUCAUUUAUUAACCUUUUUAGUAGCCUGCGUGGCAGGCCCUCAAAUUUAUGGGGGGCCUGAUUUGCAGCGGGCAGGAUUUUGGCGGGCUCCGGGGGAGGAUUCCCUGGAGCCCGCCAAAAUCCUGCCCGCUGCAAAUCAGGCCCCCCAUAAAUUUGAGGGCCUGCCACGCAGGCUACCUUUUUAGCAGCUUUUUUGAAAUUGAACGAGUAGUGAAAAAGAAAUUCACUACUUACUAUCUCCGUUCCAGGCGUAAUCCUGGGGCAAGGGUACUAACUCCGCUCGGCUAUUUAAACAUGAUAGGCUACUAUUGAUUCCUCAAGUUAAAUAUGUGUGUUAAUAAUAUAUAAAUUAUUGAGAAAUAAAAAUAUUACGUUACAAACAUAUAAUGAUAAUUUUAUAUGACAUGAAUCUAAUGCGAACCAGCAAUUCAAAAAUAGAGAAACACCGUAUGUGCCUAUAUUAAUAGAAGUUUUAUGAUUGCAGGUUUUAGCUUGAUGAUUGUUCUUGCUUUAAUUCGUCUUGGACAAAGAAAAGGAAGUGGAAAACCUAGCGUUGCCGACUUUUCCGGAAUUCCAGACUUAUUUGGCGCUUCAGUGUAUUCCUUUAUGUGUCAGCAUUCCCUUCCUUCACUCAUAACACCACUCAAAAACAAGAAAUAUGUUACGAGCAUUUUGUUUAUGGACGUCGGAGUUGCCUUACUAUUUUACAGCUUACUCUCUUUCACCGCAGUGUUUACCUUUAGUGAAUCACAAAUUGAAGAUGUGUACACUCUUAGCUUCAAACACAUAACCUCUUCAGGCAUUAGUACAUUCCUUGCUUUGUAUCCGGUUUUUGCGUUGUCUGCUAGCUUCCCAAUAAUUUCCAUCACUUUACGCGAAAACUUGAAGUCUCUAUUCCAAAAAGAUGGCAGAGAGUUUUCGUGGGCUGUAGAAAAAAUCGUAUUUCCGUUAUUUGCUGUUCUGCCUCCGAUUGUUAUAGCCCUUAGCACAACAAAUGUGGAGAUGUUGGUCAGUCUUACUGGAUCUUACGCUGGUGCUGGGGUUCAUAUGUUAUACCGACCAUGUUGACUUUCUAUGGCCGUCGCAAGGCGAUGGAAAUGUUUCAAUGUUAUAACAAUAAUUAUGGAUCGUUCUUCAAGCAUCGAGCAUGGAUUUGGAUGGUUCUUUCUUGGACUUUGUUGAGUGUUGGUAUUGUAACAGCAUAUAAUAUCAAAAAGAGAAUAUAAAGGAACAGUAUUGAAUCUAACAAUAACAUUAUCGGAACACCAAAUCGUUAGGGGACUUGAUACCCUGAACAAGCCCAUUUUUAUCCCCGCCCCAUAUUUUUCAAAUGUUUAAAAAUUUGAAAUAAGCAAAUAUAAUUUGCGACAUGAAAGUUUUCUCCAAAUUUAUUUUUAAUGAUAUUAAAAGCCACCCAAUUAUGCUAUAAACCGCGCUUAAUUGAUGGUCCUUUGUUUUCAUCUGUGUAAUAUUUUCACCCAACAAACUAAUUGCGGUAUUUUGUUAUUAGCUAUUACCGUGAAUUCUCUUUUAAUUCUCUUGGGGAAUAAUGGGACAGGGAAUUACGAGACAUUGGUGUAUAAUAAGUAAAAAACCGUAGUAUUAGUGUGGCGGAUAUGUGCAUGGAUGUUUCCGAAGAGGGUUAAAAGCACCAAAUUGUGCACAGUAGCAUCUUUUUAUGAGUAGAACAACAUGCAAAAGUGGGGCCAUCGUGAAACUGUUUUUUUUUUAGAGAGGUACGAUGCUAUGAGCAUUAUUUUCUAUUAAAUUCUACUACAACAAAAAUGUGAAAUUUUGAAUUCAAUCGCAACAAAUAUAACUUGCAUCAUCAGAAAGCUUGUAAAAAACUACAUAAAAGACUUUUAAACUGUUUUUUUAUUCUUCAAAUGGUUAUUGUUGUGAGGCACAUUAUUAGGCACAUUAUCUCGCUAAAAG